AUGCUGUCUCUACGAAAAUUAACGGAACAGCUUUGUGAACAAUACCAAUACCAAUAUCAAUACCCAUCAACACCGACCAAUACCAAUACCAGUACCACCAAUACCAAAUGGUAUUGGCAUUGUCACAUCCCGAGUAUUCAUUGUCUUAUUCAAUCUUCUGAAAAUGGACCUGAUCAUAAUGCAAAAUAUUGGCAUCCAUGUCGAUUUGCUGAUCGUUGUCAAAACCCAGAACAACAUUUAACACAUGAACCUCAUUAA